AUGCGAGUUGAGAUUGAAAGAGAAGAACGAGAGAGAAUCGAGGUAGAAGAACGGGAACAAGAGGAACAAGAGCGUCGAACACGAGAAGCGAGAGAACAAGCUGAGAGGGAACAGGUUGAGAGAAAACAUGCCGAGAGGGAAGCUCGUGAAGCCGCGGAACGAACCGAUCAAGAACUACGUGAGCAAUUGCGUCAAGGAAUCCGGGCGCGAAUUUUGCCCGAAAGAGAAGAACAACGGGCGCGUGAAUCGGGUCCAGAAGAGAGAGAGGCGAGAGUGAGACACGAGAAUGAACAGCGAGAAAGGGAAGAACAAGAAUUGCGUGACCAAUUGCGUCAGGAAAUCAGAGCUCAAAUCCUACGCGAGGAAAAUGAGCGACGCGGACGCGACGACAGAAACCGGCGAUCAGGACAUGAGUCCAUGGAAGUGAACCAACCCAGAGUGGGCUCCUCGAGACAAGGAACACCGUUACCAAGUCGCGUUCGACAGUCACUAUUGGCAAAUAACUCAGUCGAGCUUCGAAAGAUGGACGGUGCGGAAAUGGGGCGUCGUAUUCAACGGAGAACGCGACGUCCAGGAAUUUCUGGAGCGGCUGGAAGAAUUAGCGAAAAGCUAUGGCGCACGGAGUUCACUACUGUUCCGGAACUUUUACGACUCGCGGGUGAAUAUGAGCAACUCGUCGCUCAAGAAAAAGCUCCUCUGGCCAAAGAAGCCAAACAAUCACCCCGGAAACCCGUCAAAACUGCGGAAACAGCACCCCUUGAAAUCUUUGAAUACAAUUGGCUAGAGUGUUGUUGGAGAUGUCGCCAACGAGGACAUACCAAAGCCCAGUGUACGAAUCGGUGGGUGAAAUUUUGUAUGCGUUGCGGUAAAAUAGGAACGUUUUCCCGAGAUUGUCCCUGUCCGAGACAGGGAAACGCGGAGAGGACCGGCACGCGCUCCCAAAACCGGUCCGUGAUCCCCCAGGGAGCACCAAACCAAACGAACAACGCGCCGAGAAUUCCGGAGCCGAAAGCAAGCAGUUCCAGCCAAAAUUUGUAA